CAGUCAACCCAGUUCCUUUGGGACUACCAGCCCUCGCAGGAUCACCGCUCCUCCAGUACGACCGAGCGGAUCGCUGCUUCGUCACCUCCACAAAAAGAGCUCCCAUCUACCCUCGAGGCGGCACCUGGUGUCGUGCUACCGGUCCAAACCCACAGGUCAUCGCCCACCAAGAACUCGUUAGCUACUACCAGAGACACCCACCUGCUCACCCAGAAGACGUAUUCACCACCCUACGGAUCGACGUCGAACCUACACAAACAGCAGAAAGCGUGCAGUCGCCCAUCAACAAACUACCACUCGAACUCCCCGAAGUUCAACAUCGAACUACCACCAGCCCCACCCGCACCAACC